AUGAGUGACGAGUUCAACGUGGCCAACCGCAGCUUUCGUCCAGGUGACGAUCACUUGUGGACUUCGCUGGAUAAACCCGAUGGCGUGAAUGGUGCCUUGGAGGUCUACGCACACGACAUGACGUCAACCAAGUGCGACGGCGACACGUGCUACUUUUACAUAAAGGUGCUGGAUGAACUAAAGACGAUCUCGGUUUACAACAUGUAUAAAGCUCCUCCCGGAUACCAGGACGUCAAGUUUCACUAUCGUGCGGCAAUGGUGCAGAGCUGGAACAAGUUUUGCUUCCAAGGCGGUAUGCUCGAGGUGCGCGCUCAGCUUCCAGCGGCAGUCUCGAAGAAAUCGGGCAAUCCGGAUCUAGCGCUGGGUAAGUCUGGCAAAGUGGCCACGAAGGAGUACUACCCAACAUGGCCUGGCAUUUGGAUGAUGGGAAAUCUCGGUCGAGCCAUCUUUUCUGCUUCGACGAACCGCAUGUGGCCGUUUUCCUACAAUCGAUGUGAGCCAGACGUGUUCAACCCCGACAACCAGCGGAUAAGUGCUUGUGACGACGACCCUGGCUAUGGCCUCAACCCCAAUCAAGGCCGUGGGGCGCCUGAAAUCGAUCUGCUGGAAGGGGGUGGCUUGGCCGUCUCCUCUUCGCUGCAAGUUGCUCCGGGCAUGCCAUCUGACUUUCGUCUCUUCCCUGCAGAUGCUGGUGGCGCUGAUGCCGCCAAACCGUUCUGUGUGUUUUCCAGCGACUGCAAGACGAUAGGGGCGAAUUUUAUUGACGUACCCGCUGCCUACUUUGAGAAAUCGCGCGGACACAAGUCGUGGUAUCAGGGUCUCCGUUACGGCGCAAACAACGACUGUCAGCCGGACGCAAGUGCCAAGCAGGACUUCAUGACUGUCAACAAGUCCGUCACCGCCGGUAUUACUGACAACACGUGCACGGCAGAUACAUGUCCAGCGUCCAUGGAUGUGAAUGGAGACUCGGGCUUGAUCAACGACAAGGACCACUGGGGCAUCAAUACCAACGGCACUUGCUAUCCCGUCAUGAACUCGUAUAUGGGCUCCUAUCUGUGUGAUCCGGACAACACGAAUACAAUGUGCUCUAAGCCUCGCAAUUCUAGCACGCCCAAGUCAAACAUCAUGAGUUCCUUUAACUAUCAGAUGGACGCUAUCUCGGCGAACUGGCCCAUUCAUUUGGGCGGCUAUAUCGACUAUCUCGUAUACCAAGUGGAGUGGGUCACGGGCAAGAAUGGCUACGUGCGUUGGAUGUUGAAUGGCAAUCCUCUCUACGAGGUCACGACGGAUACGAUUACGAAGGUGCCACAAAACGUGGGCAAGACGAACCCGGUCAAAGUGAUGCUAGAAGAGCCCAUGUACAUUAUAAUGAACGUGGCGCUUUCGAGUUCGUGGGGUGCUUCGCCUCCCAAUCCCGGCAGUGAAUGCCGAGGCGACGGGACGAACGAUCUCACGAAUCGAGUUUGCGACGAUUUUCCGAUGUACAUGAAGGUCGACUACGUUCGCCUUUAUCAGGAUUUGGGCGACGACCUUCCUGACGACAGCCUCAUGCAGGUUGGCUGUGACCCCAAGAGCCACCCCACUAGGGAAUGGAUUGAGGGCCACAUGGACGAGUUCUCAGACUUCGAUAACCCGGCCAAGACGGUGUACGGCAAAGCGUUCUGCAAAACGAACGACGAUUGCACCAUUGGCAACGAAGCAGGCUAUCCAACGUUGCGGACGGGAAUUUGCGUCGAGUCUCGUUGUGCCUGUUCAUCGAUAUCGUGGAGCGGUCCGCGCUGCACAGAGGCCAUGUCGGACGUAUCGGAGAAGUCAAGCAGUCUGAGGAAGCGUGUAUAUGGUCCACCGAUGGGGCUAUCUUUGGGCAUAGGAAGCAUAGUUAUCUUAUUGUCCAUCGGGUCGGUUUGGUCAGCUACGUCCGUGACGGCAAAAGCGGCGAGAAAGGUGCAAAAGACUACGCCUGCUGUGGUUGAAACGGGGCCAGCAGAGCUGCAAUUUCCGGGCGCAGACCUCAGUUUGAGUGUUUCUAGUCAACUGAAGGACAACUACAGGCAUAAUUUCGUGUAA